AUGUCCUUGGUUGCGUCCCGUUUCGACUUGAUAGGGUCUUAUCCUAGUGACACGACACCAAAUGUAAUCCUCACCCCCUUCUUCUUCUUCUUCUUCUUCUUCUUCUUCUUCUUCUUCUUCUUCUUCUUCUUCAGUCGCUCAGUGUCAACGACUUUGCGCUAUUUUUUUUCCUCUUACUAUUUUUCUUUCACACUUUCUUUUCUACCCAUCCGCCACACUCUCACAGUCUAUUCCACCUUCUUUCUCUUUUUAAUUCUUCUUCUCUCAUCGCUUCAUUUCUUCUUCUUCUUCUUCUUCUUCUUCUUCUUCUUCUUCUUCUUCUUCUCCUCGCCACCCAUUCAUGCCUAUUUUUUUUUACUUAAGAGACAUAACUUUUCUUUAUUUAUCUACGCUUUCUUUCUUUCUUUUGAUACUCUCAUCAUUCUUUCUUUCUUUCUUUCUGUCUUUCUUUCUUUCUUUCUUUUGAUAGUCUCAUCAUUCUUUCUUUCUUUCUUUCUGUCUUUCUUUCUUUCUUUUGAUGCUCUCAUCAUUCUUUCUUUCUUUCUUUUGAUACUCUCAUCAUUCUUUCUUUCUUUCUUUCUUUCUUUCUUUCUUUCUUUCUUUUCUACUAUAUAUUUUCUUUAUUACUUUUAUCUACCCUUUCUCUUUUUAUCUAGUCUUUCUUUCUUUUUCUUUCCUUCUUUCUUUCUUUUGAUAAUCUCGUCUUUCUUUCUUUCUUUCUUUCUUUCUUUCUUUCUUUCUUUCUUUGAUAAUCUCGUCUUUUUUCUAUCUUUCUUUUUCUAUUAUAUAUUUUCUUUAUUACAGUUAUGUAUGCUUUUUUCUUUCUUUUUUCUUUCUUUUGAUAAUCUCGUCAUUCUUUGUCUUUCUUUUUCUACUAUAUAUUACUCUUAUCUACGCUUUCCUUUCUUUCUUUCUUUCAUACUCUCAUCUUUCUUUCUUUCUCUCAUCUUUCUUUCUUUUCUACUAUAUAUUACUCUUAUCUACGCUUUCUUUUCUUUCCUUCUUUCUUUCUUUCUUUCUUUCUUUCUUUCUUUCUUUCUUUCUUACUCUCAUCUUUCUUUCUUUUCUACUAUAUAUUACUCUUAUCUACGCUUUCCUUUCUUUCUUUCUUUCUUUCAUACUCUCAUCUUUCUUUCUUUUCUAAAACAUGCAACGUUGAAGGCAUCCCUGCUGGUCAUAUUAACUGCUGUCCAAAUAACAAUCUCCAGCCAAGCAGUUCUGACCGUAGAGACAAGCGCUGAAGGGUGUAGUGUGAAAGGAAAAGUGUAUCGACUGGGACGGCCAUUCUCGUUCGUCAAUGGAUGUUACCGAUACAACUGUAAUUGUCACACGAAUGGAUCCUUUGUCUGCCCUCCGGAGAACACACAGGAUAUUUGCCGACAAGAAGAAAACGUUCCGGCAAAAAAUACAGGUCAAAGUUCGUCCAAGUUUUGUAGUGUGAGGGGUCAUCGUUAUCCACUCGGUCAUCCAUUUUCCUUCACUGAUGGUUGUUUUAAAUUCAACUGUGAGUGCCGUGAAGACGCAUCCUGGGAUUGUCCGGCAAGCAAAACACAAGACAUUUGCAAGGAACCUGUGGAGAGCGAAGAUGGAUGUACAGUAAAAGGCAAAAAAUACUCGCUCGGUCAGCAUUUCUCUUUCACCGAUGGCUGUUUUAAAUACAACUGCAAGUGUAAGAUUGAUGGGUCCUGGAAGUGUCCAGCUCGACGGACGGAAAACGUAUGCGACCAACAAAAGAAAGAAGCGGAAGAAAAAGGCAAUAAAACAAUCACAUAUCACCGUAGCGUUACGUCGUGUAUAGUGAAGAGAAAACAUUAUCCACUCGACCGACCAUUCUCAUUCACUAAUGGUUGCUUCAAAUAUAAUUGUGAAUGCAAACCUGACGGCUCAUACGAAUGUCCUGCAACUCAAACGGAAAAUAUUUGUCUGCGACGGAAAGAAGAACACACAAAAGAAGAAAAGAAACAGUACUUCUACACGAAACAUAUUGUACUGCCGGUGGGGACAGAAGUGUCUGGCUGUGAGGCGAACGGUAACAAUUACCCCUUGGAUCGAUCCUUCUCGUUUAGGGAAGAAUGCGUCCACUACGACUGUGACUGCAAACCUGAUGGCUCCUGGGAAUGUCCAUCCGAACGCGCCCGCUAUAUCUGUGCACAAUCGGGAGAAUCUCAGAAAAUCAUCUACACCAAAAGCCAAGUAAUCACAAUAGGAACGAGCGCCUCUGCGUGCGAGGCUAAGGGCAGACAUUACACCCUGGGGCUUCCGUUCUCUUUUACUGAUGGAUGUUACCGAUACUACUGCGAUUGUAAGGAGGACGGGUCAUGGGAAUGCCCGGCCAGUAGGGCAGAAGACAUUUGCCCGAGAGGAGCGGGCGAACGGCGCAUCGGAGAGGCACAACCAUUUUACAGCCAAAGCGUUGUUAUUUCCAUGGGAGCCAAAGUGAAAUUCUGCAUUGCCCAAGGAGUUGAAUAUCCCCUGGGUCGCCCCUUCUCGUUCACCGACCGUUGCUUCCGGUUCAACUGUGACUGCUUCAGUAAUGGAUCUUGGGUGUGUCCAGCUGAUCGUGCCAACUAUAUUUGUCAAAGUGAACCUGGAGAACAGUUGGCCCAGACUUCCGGUCGAAGUAUGUACAUUAUUCCAUUUCGAAAUGCACGGGCUUGUAUCAUCAACGGCACACGAUAUCCACUAAGCCGUACCUUCUCCUUUACUGAAGGAUGCUUCCGACACAAUUGCAACUGUCACAAAGAUGGCUCUUGGGCCUGUCCCGCUGACCGCACCCAAUUCACAUGUUUAAAAAUAGCCGGAGAACAUUCACGUGAAGUUUCAGUCAUGGCAAAAUUCUACAGCAGAGGCCGAGUUUUACCAUCUGGUUCGGAGAUGAGACACUGUGAAGCAAACGGAAAGACCUACGAACUUGGGCGGCCUUUUUUUUUUAAUGACGGUUGUUUCCGGUUUAACUGCCAGUGCAAGACAGAUGGAUCAUGGGAAUGCCCUGCCGAUCUCUCUUUGUAUAUUUGCCAAAAGCAAUCAGAGCAAAUAAUUGAAAACGCCUCAAGCCGAUCCAUGUACAUAAUUGUUGGUGAUGGAGUAGAAAUGUGUACAGCAAAAGGAAAGCAGUUUCCGUUGGGCACACCCUUUUCAUUUAUGGAUGGAUGUUAUGAAUAUAAUUGCGACUGCCAACAGGACGGUUCCUGGGACUGUCCAGCUGAGAGGGCUCGAAACCGGUGUCAUCAUACUGUUGAUCAACAUGUUGAACCUGAGCAAGUGCACUUCAGUGGUAUGGUGGUGUCUGCAAGAGCCAAUUACUGUGUUGCUGAAAGAAGACGUUUUCCUCUGAAUCUUCCUUUCUCACUGAAUAUCGGCUGCUACCAAUACCUGUGCAGUUGCCAUUCAAAUGGCUCAUGGGACUGCCCAGCGGAGCGCGCUAAGUUUAUCUGCCCAGCACAAGGAAGCCAUGAAGUGGAUGAAGCAAUCACCCGGAUGAUGUAUGUUACAAUCAGUGAUGACGUCAGAGGAUGUGACGUGAAAGGUAGCCAACAGUCACUGGGACAGUCUUUCUACCUUGAUGAUGGAUGCUAUCGUUAUCAAUGUCAGUGUAAUUCCGAUGGGUCAUGGGAAUGUCCACCUGAGAAGGCACGUUAUACCUGCACGACAGAUAUGUCUCUUGACACUAUGCAAUAUCGCAUUUACAGCAAAAGCAUGGUCGUCGCUUUGGGUGAAGAGAUAAAAUUUUGCAAGGCGCAACAAAGGCUGUUUUACCUUGGGAGCUCCUUCACCAUUACGCAAGAUUGCUUCCGUUAUAACUGUUUCUGUUACUCGGAUGGAUCCUGGGAAUGCCCAUCCGACGAAUCAAAAUAUAUCUGCCCUCAGCAGCAAGUAAGAAAAGCUUCUAGUAUUCGGAUGUAUGUAAUCGCUAUGGACGACAUCAAUGGCUGCAAAGCAAACGGAAGGGAAUAUCCACUGGAUCGACCUUUUUCACUGACAGACGAAUGUUUCCGCUAUGAUUGUGAGUGCCACUCCGAUGGAUCAUGGGAAUGUCCAGCAGAGAAUGCCGAAUACAUUUGCGAUAAAGAGACCAGUGUGGAAUUCAGUUAUCCUCGAGUGGAAAGUCAAAGUAUGAUCAUAUCUCUCGGGUCGGAAAUCCAACACUGCCUGGCGCAUGGCAAACAAUAUCCUCUCGGACAACAAUUUUCCUUUACCGAUAAGUGCUUCCGGUACAGUUGUGAUUGCCGCACUGAUGGAUCAUGGGAAUGCCCAGCCGACAGAUCAGAGUUCAUAUGUCCCCAGAAACCAGGACAUUUAAUUGAACGCUCAUCGAGCCAACAAAUGGUUGUUAUCAUCAGUGAAAACGUGAGAGCGUGUCAGGUUCGAGGUCAUCAAUACAGACUGGGUCAGCCAUUCUCCUAUACCGAAGACUGUUUUAAAUACAAAUGUGAUUGCAAGACGGAUGGAUCAUGGAAAUGUCCUGCGGCACGGGCAGAAUAUAUAUGUCAAGAGAAACCAGACCCUAUUCAGCCAAGACCAGGAGAGAACCGCGAAAUCAUUGAUUACAGAAGCACGGUUGUAACGCGUGAGACUCAGUUGAAUUACUGCACAGCACACGGACGGCGCUACCAUUUGGAGAGACCAUUCCAGUUUACUUUGAAUUGCUAUGAAUUCAAAUGUCAAUGCUUCAAUGAUGGUUCAUGGGAGUGUCCCGCAGAUAGUGCUGAAUAUGUGUGUCCACAACAAACCGGACAAGCAAGGAUCAAACCAGCCUACACCCAAAAAAUGAAGGUGAUUGUUGCUAACAACCUGCAAAGUUGCACCGUCAACGGCCAGGAGUUCCCACUGAAGAGCCGCUUCAAUUAUGUCGAUGGUUGCAUCCUUUACAAUUGCAUCUGCGACCGUGAUGGCUCGUGGCAAUGUCCAGCCGACAGAGCCGAGAACAAGUGCCAACCUGAGCGGGAAAAAAUAGAUAGUGGAGUCAGCAGAGUACUAACUGAUACAAGAACUCGUGUUGUGGCUACAGGCAUCAGGUUGGAACAUUGCACUGCCAACGGCAAUCAGUAUCCUCGGGGACAUUCAUUUUCUUUCAGAGAGGGCUGCUUCCAGUUCAACUGUGAGUGUUAUUUUAAUGGCUCAUGGGAAUGUCCCUCCGAACGUUCGCAAUACAUCUGUCAACUACAACCAGGACAGAGAAUAGUUAGAGGUCCCAGUAAGAAAAUGACCAUCAUUGUCAGCGAUAACGUGAGAUCGUGUGUUGCCAGAGGAAACGAAUAUCAGUUAGGACAACCAUUCUCGUUCAUGGAUGGAUGCAUCAAAUAUAAGUGUGAAUGCCAUUACAAUGGAUCCUGGGAAUGUCCGGGUGAUAGUGCAGAAGAUACAUGUCAAACUGAUCGGGAGAGGCAACCAACCCCAGACCAGGAUCGAACCAGGACGGAUACCACAUUCAGAAGAACUCACACGAAAACAAUGGUCAUUGAUGUCGGUACACAAAUUACACAUUGCACAGCAGAAGGUAAACAAUAUCGUUUCGGACGGCCAUUCUCUUUCACUGAGGGUUGCUUUCGGUUUAACUGCGAGUGUUAUUCUGGUGGAUCAUGGGAAUGUCCUUCCGAACGCUCAGAAUAUAUCUGUCAGCGUCAACCAGGAGUAGAGGUCGUCAGAGGUCCCAGUAAGAAAAUGACCAUCAUUGUCAUCGGUAACAUGAGAUCUUGUGUUGCCAGAGGAAACGAAUAUCAGUUAGGACAACCAUUUUCGUUCAUGGAUGGAUGCAUCAAAUAUAAGUGUGAAUGCCAUUACAAUGGAUCCUGGGAAUGUCCGGGUGAUAGUGCAGAAGAUACAUGUCAAACUGAUCGGGAGAGGCAACCAACCCCAGACCAGGAUCGAACCAGGACGGAUACCACAUUCAGAAGAACUCACACGAAAACAAUGGUCAUUGAUGUCGGUACACAAAUUACACAUUGCACAGCAGAAGGUAAACAAUAUCGUUUCGGACGGCCAUUCUCUUUCACUGAGGGUUGCUUUCGGUUUAACUGCGAGUGUUAUUCUGGUGGAUCAUGGGAAUGUCCUUCCGAACGCUCAGAAUAUAUCUGUCAGCGUCAACCAGGAGUAGAGGUCGUCAGAGGUCCCAGUAAGAAAAUGACCAUCAUUGUCAGCGGUAACAUGAGAUCUUGUGUUGCCAGAGGAAACGAAUAUCAGUUAGGACAACCAUUUUCGUUCAUGGAUGGAUGCAUCAAAUAUAAGUGUGAAUGCCAUUACAAUGGAUCCUGGGAAUGUCCGGGUGAUAGUGCAGAAGAUACAUGUCAAACUGAUCGGGAGAGGCAACCAACCCCAGACCAGGAUCGAACCAGGACGGAUACCACAUUCAGAAGAACUCACACGAAAACAAUGGUCAUUGAUGUCGGUACACAAAUUACACAUUGCACAGCAGAAGGUAAACAAUAUCGUUUCGGACGGCCAUUCUCUUUCACUGAGGGUUGCUUUCGGUUUAACUGCGAGUGUUAUUCUGGUGGAUCAUGGGAAUGUCCUUCCGAACGCUCAGAAUAUAUCUGUCAGCGUCAACCAGGAGUAGAGGUCGUCAGAGGUCCCAGUAAAAAAAUGACCAUCGUUGUCAGUGAUAAUGCAAGAUCCUGUGUCGCCAGAGGAAACGAAUACCCUCUGGGCCUUCCGUUCACUUUCAUGGACGGAUGUAUCAGAUAUAAUUGUGAAUGCCAUUACAAUGGAUCGCUAUUUCGUAUGAUCUAUCUAUCUAUCUAUCUAUCUAUCUAUCUAUCUAUCUAUCUAUAG